CUGAAAAUUAUCCCCAAAAUUGGAAAAAAAAAAGAGAAAAAAAUUCGAGAAAUUCUCUCCGGAGCUACAGAGGAGAGAGAUCUUCGGCCAUUUUGUCCUAAAGAUCUCCUCCCUCUUCUCUCUCUAUCUCGUUUUCACUCUGAAUUGCAGAUUGGAGUGGAGAAGUUGACAACUUGAGAUCCUUCUGGACUUCUAGGAGAGUAUCAUUGAAUUGUAGCAAAGCUGGCGGCUACACUUGCGUGGAGGUACACAAACAACAAUGGCGGUAGCCAUGGAGCUUCGGAUCUGGAGAGAAAUGUGGAUGGUAAAGCUCAUGACAUGGAGCCCCCAACACCACACUCAGUCAUGAAAGCGAACUCAAGGGACCGUGGUACAGUGGAGGAUUCAGAUGGAACUCUAUCAAGUGUUGCACAAUGCAUUGAACAAUUGCGCCGUAGUGCUUCUACAGCUCAAGAGAAAGAGAACUCUUUGAAACAGUUGCUUGAUCUUGUUGAAACUCGUGAAAAUGCUUUUGGAGCUGUGGGAUCACAUUCCCAAGCAGUGCCAAUACUCGUUUCUCUUCUGAGGUCAGGAUCAUUUGGUGUGAAGAUGCUCGCUGCUACUGUGUUGGGAUCACUUUGCAAGGAGGAUGAGCUAAGGGUAAAAGUCCUGCUUGGUGGCUGCAUUCCCCCAUUGCUUUCCCUUCUCAAGUCCAGCUCAGCUGAUGGUCAGAUUGCAGCCGCAAAAACUAUUUAUGCAGUUUCUCAAGGUGGCGCAAAGGAUCAUGUUGGUUCAAAAAUAUUUUCAACCGAAGGUGUUGUUCCUGUUCUCUGGGAGCAGCUUAAAAUUGGCAUUAAGAAUGGCAGUGUAGUGGAUAAUCUUCUUACUGGAGCAUUGAAGAACUUAUCGAAUAGCACAGAAGGGUUUUGGUCGGCGACAAUUGCUUCUGGGGGAGUUGAUAUUCUUAUAAAAUUGCUUGCCGCUGUGCAGACAAGUACUCAAGCCAAUGCCUGCUACCUUCUUGGAUGUGUGAUGAUGGAAGAUGCAUCUGUUUGUUCUAAAGUAUUGGCCGCAGAAACCACUAAACUACUCCUCAAGUUACUAGGAUCUGGUAACGAAGCCCCCAUUAGAGCUGAGGCUGCUGGUGCUCUUAAAUCUCUUUCUUCACAAUGCAAGGAAGCCAGGCGUGAGAUAGCUAAUUCAAAUGGCAUUCCUGCUUUAAUAAAUGCCACUAUAGCCCCAUCAAAAGAAUUUAUGCAAGGAGAAUCUGCCCAGGCAUUGCAGGAGAAUGCAAUGUGUGCUUUGGCAAAUAUCUCUGGAGGGCUGGCUUAUGUCAUAUCUAGCCUGGGAGAAAGCCUUGAGUCAUGUACAUCAUCAGCACAAAUUGCUGACACACUGGGUGCUUUGGCUUCAGCACUCAUGAUUUAUGAUGCAAAUGCUGAGUCCAUUAGAGCAUCAGAUCCUAUAGUCAUCGAGAAGGUAUUGGUAAAGCAGUUCAAACCUAAGGCCCCAUUUCUUGUACAGGAGCGGACAAUUGAAGCCUUGGCCAGUUUGUAUGGUAACACUAUUCUUUCAAGGACUCUAGCCCAUUCUGAAGCAAAACGCCUUCUUGUUGGUCUGAUCACAAUGGCAACCAAUGAAGUGCAAGAUGAACUCAUGAAAUCUCUUCUCAGACUUUGCAGCAAAGAGGGUCGUCUGUGGCAUGCGAUGCAAGGACGGGAGGGCGUUCAGCUGCUGAUAUCUCUUCUUGGCCUUGCUUCAGAACAACAACAAGAAUGUGCCGUUGCUCUGCUCUGCCUUUUGUCAAAUGAAAAUGAUGAAAGCAAAUGGGCGAUAACUGCUGCUGGUGGCAUACCCCCUCUUGUUCAAAUUCUAGAAACAGGAUCUUCAAAAGCCAAAGAGGAUUCUGCAGCGAUACUUGGGAACCUCUGCAAUCACAGUGAAGAUAUAAGAGCAUGUGUUGAAAGUGCUGAUGCUGUUCCUGCUUUGUUGUGGCUGCUGAAAAACGGAAGUGAAAAUGGAAAGGAGACUGCAGCAAAAACAUUGAACCAUCUCAUACACAAGUCAGAUACUGGGACAAUCAGCCAGCUUUCUGCUCUCCUGACAAGUGACCAGCCGGAGUCUAAAGUUUAUGUUCUCGAUGCCCUCAGGAGUUUGCUCUCUGUGGCACCUCUUACUGAUAUUCUGCAUGAAGGAAGUGCUGCAAAUGAUGCCAUUGAGACCAUGAUAAAAAUCUUAAGUUCUACAAAGGAAGAAACUCAAGCUAAAUCUGUGUCAGCACUGGCAGGACUCUUCCAUUGCCGCAAAGACUUGAGAGAAAGUCAUCUUGCUGUAAAGACACUUUGGUCGGCAAUGAAGUUGCUUAAUGCGGAGUCUGAAAAAAUUCUUAUGGAGGCUUCAAGUUGUCUUGCUGCUAUUUUCCUUUCAAUUAAGCAAAACAAGGAAGUUGCUUCUGUUGCAAGAGAUGCUUUAGCACCAUUAGUUUUGCUUGCUAAUUCUGCAGCUCUUGCAGUGGCAGAACAGGCCAUACGUGCUCUGGCGAACCUGUUUCUAGAUACAGAGGCAUCUCUACAAGCCUUUCCAGAAGAGUUCAUGUUCUCCAUCACACAUGUUCUGAGAGAUGGCACACUUGACGGCAGAACUCAUGCUGCAGCUGCAAUUGCCCGUCUUCUUCAUUGUCGUGCAGUAGAUGAUGCAUUAUCAGAUAGUGUAAAUCGUGCUGGGACUGUUCUUGCACUUGUCGCCCUCCUAGAGUCUGCCAGUAUUGAAGCUGCUGCUACAUCAGAAGUUCUUGAUGCACUGGCUCUAUUAUCAAGGUCAAGAGCAACUGGAAAUAUAAAACCACCAUGGGCCAUCCUUGCUGAGUAUCCUCACACAAUUGCCCCUCUUGUUUCCUGUAUAGCUGAUGGCACACCGUUAUUACAAGAUAAAGCCAUAGAAGUUCUAUCAAGACUAUGUUGUGAUCAGCAUGCUAUUCUAGGAGAAGCAAUAUCUAGUACCACUGGGUGCACAUCAUCAAUCGCAAGGCGUGUCAUUGGCUCCAAUCUAUUCAAAGUCAAAGUUGGGGGAGCUGCACUUCUUAUUUGCGCGUCGAAAGAGUACAGUCAGAAGCUGGUGGAUGCUCUGAGAGAGUCUAACGUUUGCAAUCAACUUAUUCAUUCCCUAGUUGCUAUGCUCAGUUCUACAAAUCCAUAUCCUGAGGGUGAAAGCAAGAUAUGCAUAUACAGACACCAUAAAGAGCAACUUAGAAAUGAUGAGAUUGAAUGUAGCACUGCUGUGAUCUCGGGUCACAUAAUCCCCAUUUGGUUACUUUCUGUGCUUGCUUGUCAUGAUGACAAAAGUAAAAUUGCAAUAUUGGAAGCUGGUGCAGUUGAGAUUCUUACUGACAAGAUCUCCCAUUGUAGUUUCUUGGCUUCACAGAGUGAUUCUAGGGAAGAUAGUAGUGCGUGGGUCUCUGCUUUACUGCUUGCUGUUCUGUUUCAAGAUAGAGAUAUCAUCCGAUCAAACGCAACCAUGCGUACCAUUCCAGUACUAUCGAAUUUGUUGAGAUCAGAGGAGUCAGCAGAUAGAUAUUUUGCUGCUCAAGCAUUAGCCAGCCUGGUCUGCAAUGGAAGCAGAGGGACCCUGUUAGCUGUUUCUAAUUCAGGAGCAGCUAGUGGGCUUAUAUCUUUGCUUGGUUGUGCUGACAGUGAUAUAUCUGACCUUCUUAGUUUAGCAGAGGGGUUUCACUUGGUGCGCAAUCCUGAUCAAAUUGCACUUGAAAGGUUAUUCAGAGUAGAUGACAUUAGGGUUGGUGCAACUUCUCGGAAAGCCAUUCCUGCGCUUGUCGAUUUACUCAAACCAAUCCCUGACCGACCAGGUGCACCUUUUCUAGCAUUGGGUUUACUGACUCAACUAGCUGUAGAUUGCCCAUCAAACAUGCAAGUGAUGGUGGAAGCUGGUGCGCUGGAGGGACUUACGAAGUAUCUUUCACUUGGACCACAAGAUGCCACUGAAGAAGCCACCACUGAUCUGCUAGGUAUUCUGUUCAGCAGUGCCGAAAUAAGACGUCAUGAUUCUGUGUUUGGUGCUGUUAAUCAACUAGUUGCGGUCUUGCGUCUCGGAGGAAGAAAUUCCAGGUAUAGUGCAGCCAAAGCAUUGGAGAGCCUGUUUUCCUCGGAGCAUAUCAGAAAUGCAGAUUCUGCUCGGCAGGCUAUCCAACCUUUGGUGGAAAUUCUAAACACUGGUUUGGAGAGAGAGCAGCAUGCAGCUAUUGCGGCAUUGGUAAGGGUCUUGCGCGAUAAUCCAUCAAGAGCGCUUGCUGUGGCAGAUGUUGAAAUGAACGCAGUAGAUGUUCUUUGCCGUAUUCUUUCCUCAAACUGUUCAGUGGACCUGAAGGGAGAUGCAGCAGAGUUAUGUUGUGUUCUUUUUGGAAACACAAGGAUUCGGUCUACAUUAGCUGCAGCACGUUGCGUGGAACCCCUGGUGUCACUGUUGAUGACUGAUUCUAGCCCUGCUCAGAUCUCAGUUGUUUGUGCAUUGGAUAGGCUAUUAGAGGAUGAGCAGUUAGCGGAGCUAGUUGCAGCUCACGGUGCUGUUUCUCCCCUUGUUGGUCUUCUAUCUGGUAAAAAUUACACACUUCAUGAGGCUGUAUCUAGAGCUUUGGUGAAGUUAGGGAAAGACAGGCCAGCUUGCAAAAUGGAAAUGGUGAAAGCUGGGGUUAUAGAAAGCCUUCUAAGUAUCCUCCGCGAGGCUCCUGAUUUUCUCUGCGGUGCCAUUGUUGACUUGUUCCGGAUAUUAACCAACAAUGCUAACAUUGCCAAGGGUCCGGCUGCAGCUAAAAUUGUUGAGCCUCUCUUCGGGUUGCUUUCUAGACCAGAAAUAGGUCCUGAUGGACAGCACAGUGCAUUGCAGGUUCUUAUUAACAUUUUGGAAUAUCCUGAGUGCCGAGCAGAGUAUAGCCUUACACCACAGCUGGCUCUUGAACCAGUUAUCUUUUUGCUUGAUUCACCUACCCAAGCAGUACAACAAUUGGCUGCGGAACUCCUGUCUUAUCUGCUCUUAGUGGAACACCUACAGAAGGAUGCAAUCGUACAACAAGCAAUUACUCCUCUUAUUCAGGUUCUUGGUUCAGGUGUUCAUAUUUUGCAGCACAGAGCUAUCAAAGCCCUAGUUAACAUCGCAUCAGUUUGGCCAAAUGCAGUAGCAAAAGAGGGUGGUGUUUACGAGCUAUCCAAAGUGAUAAUGCAAGCUGAUCCGCCCCUACCUCAUGCUUUGUGGGAAUCUGCUGCUUCAAUUUUAUCCAGUGUACUUCAAAAUAGCUCCGAGUUUUUCUUGGAAGUACCUGUGGCUGUACUUGUACAAUUACUUCGCUCUGGAACAGAGGGUACUGUUGUUGGGGCGCUAAAUGCCUUGCUUGUGCUGGAAAGCGACGAUUCAACGAGUGCAGAAGCAAUGGCUGAGAGCGGUGCUAUUGAGGCACUUUUGGAUCUACUGAGGAAUCAUCAUUGCGAGGAAACUGCAGCAAGACUGCUAGAAACAUUGCUGAAUAAUGUGAAAAUCAGAGAAACAAAAUCUGCUAAGGCUGCCAUUUCACCAUUAUCGCUCUACCUUUUAGAUCCUCAAACACAAUCUCAGCAAGGAAGAUUGCUGACAGCUCUUGCUCUUGGUGAUCUUCUCCAGAACGAGGGUCUUUCUCGAUCUACAGAUGCUGUUUCAGCAUGCAGGGCCUUGGUAAAUCUUCUUGAAGAUCAGCCCACUGAAGAAAUGAAAGUGGUGGCAAUAUGUGCUCUGCAGAAUCUUGUGAUGUACAGUCGAUCAAAUAAAAGAGCAGUUGCAGAAGCUGGCGGAGUUCAAGUUGUUCUGGACCUUAUCAGCUCAAGUGAUCCUGACACAUCUGUCCAGGCAGCGAUGUUUGUCAAACUUCUGUUCUCUAAUCAUACCAUCCAAGAGUAUGCCUCAAGUGAAACAGUGAGAGUUGUAACGGCUGCUAUUGAGAAGGACUUGUGGGCCUCCGGAAGUGCGAAUGAGGAGUACUUGAAAGCAUUAAAUGCACUGCUCGGCAACUUUCCUCGAUUGAGAGCCACCGAGCCUGCUACACUAUGUAUUCCUCAUCUUGUCACAUCCCUGAAAACUGGUUCUGAAGCAACCCAGGAAGCAGCAUUGGAUGCACUAUUCCUCCUGAGACAAGCUUGGUCUGCAUGCCCAGCUGAAGUUUCUAAAGCUCAAUCUGUCGCGGCAUCAGAGGCUAUUCCUUUGUUGCAAUACUUGAUUCAGUCAGGGCCGCCUCGGUUCCAAGAAAAAUCUGAGCUCCUUUUACAGUGUUUACCAGGUACAUUGAUGGUCAUAAUAAAGCGAGGGAACAAUUUGAAGCAGUCAGUGGGAAAUCCUAGUGUUUACUGCAAGAUCAAACUCGGCAAUACGCCUCCAAGACAAACCAAGAUUGUUUCAACUGGUCCUACACCCGAAUGGGACGAAGGUUUUGCAUGGGCAUUCGAUGCACCUCCGAAAGGUCAAAAGCUUCACAUAUCAUGCAAGAAUAAGAGCAAGUUUGGCAAGAGCUCAUUCGGAAAGGUGACGAUCCAGAUUGAUCGUGUUGUGAUGUUAGGAUCAGUAGCCGGAGAGUAUACUCUACUGCCGGAAAGCAAAAGCGGAGUUUCUCGAAAUUUGGAGAUCGAAUUCCAAUGGUCAAACAAAUAACAACUCUUGAUUGAGCAAAGGUUUACCAUAAUUUUCCUCUCUGUAAUUGGCUAAUAAAUCUGAAAAUCUUCUCUUUGUUGUAUUAUUGUAUAUAAAUGGCAGGAGUGGUUUGCUGUGUUAGUUGCUUCUGCCACUGAAAAAAAGGCAUGCUUGUUUCUUGUGAUGAAUUAUUCUUUAUUUUUUGUUUUUUUGUUUUUUGUUUUUGCACAUUUAUAUUAAGAAAAAAGUUGUGGUAAAGAGUAUGUAAGUUGGUUCUUUUUUGUGGUCUUGUAAUAAUUUUCUUUUUGUUUCUA